CGGGGCGGGGCCCGAGGGGGGCCGGGGCGGCCGUCCAGGAGGGCGGGGAGGCUGCGGCUCAGCGCGCCCCCGCCUGUUGGCCUGUCGGUCCCGCCGUGCACGAGCCGGGCGCUCCCGCCGCGCCGCCAUCUUCCGUCUGUCCGCCCUCUCGCCCUUUGUCCGUCUGCUGGAGCCCGGGCCGAGGAACCCCGGACGCCGGUGUGCACCCCCUCCGGCGGCGGGGGGGGGGAGUGAUGUCCCGGCGGAAACAGACCAGCCCCAAUAAAGUGCGCUGGAGACGCGUCUUUGCCGGCUUGGAGGAGCGCACUCGGCAGGCCAUGAGGAGGAAGGACUUCCCCGGGCUGCCCGGGGAGCAACCGCUGCAGCUCCAAGAACAGGACUCCAGCAGCAGUGACAGCGAGGGGGACGAAGAAACGACCCAAGAUGAGGUUUCUUCUCCUGCAUCUGAGGAAGAGGGCACGCUGGCACACGUGAAGCAGGAGCUGGAGCCCGAUGAGCCGUUUGGCCCCUCCGAGCAGGGGACUCCAGAGCGGGAGCUGGAUUUGCCCGUGAGCCCAGACACCCUGACAGGACUCUCCCGCUGUCCUCUCUGUCAGCUGGAAUGUGGUAGCAGGGAGCACCUCGUCACUCACGUCUACCAGCACACAGCAGCCGUGGUCAGUGCUAAGAGCUACCUGUGUCCCGUCUGUGGCCGAGCACUCAGCUCCCCGGGCUCCCUGGGCAGGCAUCUUCUCAUCCAUUCUGAGGACCAGCUGUCAAACUGCGCAGUGUGCGGGGCACGUUUUACUAGCCACGCCACUUUCAACAGUGAGAAGGUUCCAGAGGUGUUGUGUGCGGAUGCUCUGCCCAUUGCUCUCUCCAAAGAGUCUUCUGGGGCUGAAGAGGAGACCCCUGCGAGUAGCUCCCCGGUAUAUCCUGCUGGUAUCCUCCUGGUAUGCAACAGCUGCGUGGCCUACCGCAAACUCCUGGAGGCCCAAUCCCCGGGUGUGCGCAAGUGGGCCUUGCGACGGCAGAACGAGCCCGUGGAGGUGAAGCUGCAGCGACUGGAACGAGAGCGUACGGCCAAGAAGAGUCGCCGGGACAGCGAGACGCCUGAGGAGCGAGAGGUGCGGCGCAUGAGGGACCGUGAGGCCAAGCGUCUGCAGCGCAUGCAAGAGACAGAUGAGCAGCGCGCACGCCGGCUGCAACGAGACCGCGAAGCUAUGCGUCUGAAACGUGCCAACGAGACCCCAGAGAAACGGCAGGCUCGGCUCAUCCGUGAGCGAGAAGCCAAGAGGCUGAAGCGCCGGCUGGAGAAAAUGGACAUGAUGUUGCGCGCUCAGUUUGGUCAGGAUCCCUCCGCAAUGGCUGCACUGGCAGCAGAAAUCAACUUCUUUCCGCUGCCCGUGGGUGGUGUGGAACUGGACAGCCAGCUGCUCAGCAAAAUGGCCUUUGAGGAGCCCAGCCCCAGUACCCCGCACUGAGCUGCUCCCUUGGCAAGAUCGCAGGCAGCCUUUGAGCGCCCUGGAACCCCGUAGCCCAGAAGCAGAGGGAAAAGAAAUCUGUUGCCUGUGCCUUGCGGGGUCGGCUGCAGCCUGCGGUGUCUGUCCUUCCCUGUGAGCGCUCUGUUCAGGUCUAGGCUGUUUGUAUUCAGACCUUCCUCUGCGGCAAGGGCCACGUGACUCCAGUGUCCCUCUUUUGAAGAGGCCGGGGGUGGGGGGGGGGGGGAGAGAAACUGGCAGCCAGCAGCACAAGGGCAGGUGGCUAGAAGCCCUUGUCUCCCGUUCAGCCAGCUUCUCGUGAGUUCUGCCUCGCUAAAGGAAAUCAGCGAAGGCUUGUGCCCUUGGACAGAGCCAGCUGCCUCGGAACGAACAGUCUUUCUCUUGCUAGCAAUGCCUGUUUUGGAUUUGCCAGGUCAGGGCAAGAAAAGAUUCUGUUCUGCUCCUCAUCCCCAGUUUCACAAGGUUUAUUUGUGGUGUCCAGUGAGAGCUGGAGGCCCUUGGAGACAGUCCAGGAACUUUGCCCCACGUUGGUGAAGACGGGGAACUCACUCCUAGACCCUGGUGGGAAUCGGUGGCUGGUUGGAAGUGGGUUUUUUUGUCAUGUGUACAAAUUCCCCUUAAAAGAGAAGAACUGGGUUUCAGUGGAUUUGAUAGUGAACUUCCAGCCUUAAAACUCACCCUGCGCCUGUUUUAGGAAUAAGUCAGACACAACGCCCCCCCCCCUCCCCCGCACUUUGCUUGCUGGGCAAUUGGUAUCUAUAUAUCAAAUAGCAACUUGUGAGCCCCGUUUGUGGGCACCUAAACUCGCAGGCUGGGACCACAUGGAUGCCAUACAGAUUUUUCUGCAAACCUAGGGUACUCCCCAAUUUUUAAAAAAGUAUUGGGGGGGGGGGGGGUUUAAAUUCCCUGAUUUUUUUAAAAAAGUGUUCUCUGCGCAUGCACAGAUAACACUCUUAUCUGCUGUAGUAGCAGUGGCUGCAGGGAUCCAUGCUGGACCCAGCCAUGGGGGAUGCUACGAGCCCAGCCACGGCAGCAGUAGACCACAGGAGCUGCUCUGGGCUCGGAGUGGUUCCCAGACGCUGCCACUGUUGGAGAAUGGGAUCCCCCACAUGGGUUUUGCAGCCUCCCCUGUAAUUCUUAAAUCGUUCUUGGGAUAUCUUUUUGCCGGCUGAUGCCAAACGCAGCAGAAUCAUGAUCAACUGAAUCCAUCUAGCUGAAAAAUAAGAUUAGCAAGUUGUCUUGAGCUUUUCUCCUCUCUAUGGGCAUGUGGGUGGGGGUGAGAUUCCUGCCAGGUCUGUGGGCAGCAGGACACAAGGGGAAGCUGUCCCCACCCUCCCAUCCUUGUCAACGCCCUGUGGCCACCUCUACAUCUUGAGUUGCUAUAGCAACACAAAACACUGCUGAAAUGCCAGGGGGUUGGGGAGGAGAACACCUGGAAAAGACAAGAUUAACUGUUGCUUUUUUUUUUGUAAACCCUGGGGGAAGUCCUGUGUCAUAACUCUUGGGAGGCCUGUGGCGCAGAUUUGCCAGGCCUGCUAGCGGGAGCUCAUGCCUAAUAGACAUAGCAAUAUAUAAUUAUCUGUAUUCAGAGAGCGUGCGAUGCGCAUGCUGUGUGGUGUAGUGGCAGAGGGCAAGCUGUUCUCCAGCCUUCAUUCGGCCAUGGAAAAAGGGCACUGAGCCAUACCAUCCCUGUCACCCUCAGCCCAGCCUACCCCACAGGUCUGCUGCGAGGCUAAAGUGGAAGAGCUCCCUGAGGUUGGAGGACGUGCCUCUUCUCCGUACUUGGAUGGGGCAAAAACAGCCUGAAAGGGCAGUGAAAUAGCGAAGAGUCCUAUUGAGAGGCCAGACAAACUACCCUGGUCAAGCUGAGGGACUCCACCCAACAUUAUGCACAUGAAGGCCCCACAAGGCCCCAUGCAAGAGGCACCUCCCAAUAUUUCCCGCAUGUGGCCCCCAGUCAAUACCAUGCCCCCCCCCCCCCGAAUAGUUCCAGUGACUGCCCUGAGCUGUUGCUGCAGCCAGCAUGCGCUGCCAGGAGAAACAAGAGGCAGACACGGCCACGGAAAAGCUAUUGAUUUAUAAUUAUAUAGAUAUAUGUGUAUAUAUAUGCAUAUAUACUGUGUUUACAUUGUCAACAAAUUAAAUGCAGUAUUAAGAGCAUUAACAAUAAAAAUACAAUCUGUGUUGAAA